CCAGAGGUAAGUAUCUACCACCCUUCAUUUGCCCUUUUAACACUUCAAUCUUUAUAUUAUUAUGUUUAUGAUUUUAUGACAAGAAGCCUAAAAAAAAGACAGGGACCACACCGUGACCUGUAAUUUCUAUCAACUAUUUAUUACCUAUUAUUACUGCUCUGUGUAUGGCUGAUCAUGUGCUUUAUUUUAAUGUUACCCUUACUCUUUGUUUUAUCAGAUUCACGAUAGAAACCCCUACGAUGCUACGGUCGACUAUUAUUCACUUGGUGUUAUCCUGUUUGAAAUGGCCACAGGAGCAGAAGCAGAAUCGGCCAAAUGCAGGAACUCACUCUAUCCAAACAACAUUGACCCUGACCUUCGAGAUGUCAUUGAGCGACUUCUUGAAGAAAAUCCAAAAGUUCGCGGGACGGCAGUGGAAAGACUGCGAGAACACUCCUUCUUCAGAUCAAUUGAGUGGAAGAAGCUGGAGGAAGGAAAGGUUACCCCACCAUUGUGGAUGCCAGAUUGCCAAGAAAAAGACACAAAUGACACAAAUGAGCAAAUAGAAGUGAAGAAACUGAUUCACCACAGAAGAAAGAAACAGAGGAGAAUUGCAAAUGCAAAACAGAGAUUGUUUGAUGGCUUCAGCUUCAUAAGCAGGAAAUGGAAAAAAGAUGCUGAACAGGAAAUGAAAGAAUGAAGACGGCUGACUUUUGAGAAACACUCACUAGUCAAGAGUCCUGUACUGUCUUCAGCCAGGCCAGUCCUUUGCUGGUCUUCGGAUCCCGGCAUUACCAUCUAGACUUAGGGAGCCUGUAUAGGGCAGGUUAGGGUGUUAUAGGGGCAAAUUGGGGUGGUAUAGGGCAGGUUAGUGUGAUAUAGGGCAAAUUGGGGUGGUAUGGGGCAGGUUAUGGUCAUAUAGGGCAGAUUGGUUUGUUAUAGGGCAGGUUAGGGUAAUAUAGGGCAGUUUGGGGUGGUAUAGGGCAGGUUAGGGUGCUUUAGGGCAUCUAUGUGGUGGUAUAGGUCAGACUAGGGUGGUAUAGGGCAGAUAGGGGUGAUAUGGGGCAGGAUAGGGUUAUAUAGGUCAGUUUGGGGUAGUAUAGGGCAGGUUGGGUUGGUAUAGAGCAGGUUAGGGAUGUAUAGGGCAUAUUGGGGUGGUAUAGGCCAGGUUAGGGUGGUAUAGGGCAGGUUGGGGUGGUA